AUGAAAUCGUGCUCUCUGUCUCCUUUGUUCAGAAUGAGUAGCGAUUCUGCUCCUCUUUGGUAUAUUCUGCACACUCAUAUAUCGUCUGUGGAAAGAGGGCAAAUCACGGUGUCCGGCAGCAUUCUGGUGAUUCGUGGCAAAACUUUUUUCACGUUUAAGUUUAUCAUACCACGGGACAAAACUUGCCAAGAUGUAUAUGAUACCCUGGUGACACUUAGUCAGUGUAUUGAGGAGCUUCCGGCGUUUUGCUACAAGGAAAGCCAUGAGGACGAUUGGAGCAUCAUAAGCAUGUACGACGACUAUGCUCGUCUUGGUGUACCGAACGAUAAGUGGAUACUUUCCAACUUUAAUGAAGGCUACGCGGUAAACAUCACGUCUUAUCCUGAGAAGUUGUGCGUUCCACGUACCGCUGCCUUAAGCGUUUUAAUCGGCUCAUCAAAAUUUCGUAGUCGUGGCCGUCUACCGGUGCUUUCUUACUUGCAUCGCGAAAAUGGGGCGUCGAUAUGUCGCUGUAGUCAGCCGUUGACAGGAUUUAAUAGCAGGUGCGGAGCAGAUGAAGACCUCAUGCACCAUGUUUUGAAGACUAACCCUCGCUCUGGUCAACUGUUCAUUGUCGACACGCGACCAAAGAUCAACGCGAUGGCGAACAAAGCUGUCGGGAAAGGUUUCGAAGACGAAAACAAUUAUAGCGACGUACGGUACCAUUUUUUACCGGUAGAAAACAUUCAUGCGAUGCGGUCGAGUCUGAACAAGAUGCUUGAAAGUAAGUAUCACGGGCUCGAAAACAGCGGCUGGAUGAAGCAUAUUCGAUCUCUGUUGGAGACAGCGUUAUUUAUUGCCGAAUCGGUCAAGUCCGGCGUUACAGUCGUGGUGCACUGUUCUGACGGCUGGGACAGAACGCCACAGACAAUCAGUCUAGCAUCGAUAAUGCUCGAUCCAUAUUAUCGCACGUUACACGGAUUUCAGACGUUGAUCGAAAAAGAGUGGCUGAAGUUUGGACACAAGUUUUCCGACAGAUGCGGGCACAUCUUUCAGCCGGAUUCGAAUUCGAAGGAAAUCGCACCGAUAUUUACUCAGUUCCUUGACUGCGUGUGGCAGCUAAUGGUGCAGUUUCCGCAAGCCUUCGGUUUCAAUGAACAUUAUUUAUUGACAGUUCAUGACCACGUCUAUUCUUGCCAGUUUGGAAAUUUCCUCUGCAACUGUGACAAAGAACGAGCAGAGAUGCAACUCACUGAACGAACCUACUCUUUCUGGGGCUAUGUGUCACGGGCGACACACGAAUUUCUGAACCCGGUGUACGACGCAACAUCGUCCUCGUUUCUUAAACCUGACUUACGGCCGUCGAACAUCAGGUGGGUAAUAAACUAG